ACAGGCCUCUUGCACGUAGUUGUCUAAGGGCUUCCCUGCUAGCGUCUCCCACGGAGCUGAUUUGGUCGUGGACGUGGAGGAAAUGAACUCAGGGGUGGCGUGGGGGCGGCGGGCCUUGGCACAUUUGUGAACCAUGUUGCAGUCAUUAUGGAGUUUGUGACGGUAACUGGGCCCUGGGAGUCCUAAUGCGUCCUCUGCACUUUCGCUUAAGGACCGCACAGAUCCAGUGGCCCAGAAUGGCUAUGUGAUAAAUGUAUGAACCCCAGAGUGAAGGCCGCCUUCAAAAAGAUGCAGUCCUGAGAUCAACGCAGAUCGCAGAACCAUAGCUUAAGUAGGGCUUCCUCCCAAGAUUUGUCUUAUCUGGACUUUGCAGUUCUCUAACAGGAAUCUUGAGGACUGACCAGUUUGAAACCAUGGCCCAUGAUUCAGUGACAUUUGGAGAUGUAGCCAUAGACUUCUCACAGGAAGAAUGGGAAUUUCUGGAUGCAGCUCAGAGGGACUUAUAUAGGAAUGUAAUGUGGGAGAAUUUUAGCAACUUUAUUUCACUAGAUUUGGAGUCCAGAUACAAGACCAGUACUUUAUCCCCAGGAAAGGAUAUUUAUGAAACAUACUUAUUCCAGUGGGAGAUAAUGGAAACAACUAAAAGCUAUUGCCUUCAGGACUCCAUUUUUAGAAAUUAUUGGGAAUGCAAAAGUAAGUUUGAGAGGCAAAUGGAACCACAAGAAGGAUAUUUGGGGCAAAUGAAAAAUACUUCUGAAAAAAUAACUUACAAAAAGCAAAAUUUUCUUGCUGAAUAUCAGAGAGUUCAUAAUGGAGAAAAGUCAUAUGAAUGUAAAGAAUGUACGAAGACCUUUAUUCGUCGUUCAACACUUAGUCAACACCUGAGAAUUCAUACUGGUGAGAAACCUUAUAAAUGUAAGGAAUGUGGGCAGGCUUUUAGACAGCGUGCACACCUUAUUCGACAUCACAAACUUCAUACUGGUGAGAAACCUUAUGAAUGUAAGGAAUGUGGGAAGGCAUUUACAGUGCUCCAAGAACUUACUCAACAUCAGAGACUUCAUACUGGUGAAAAGCCCUAUGAAUGUAAGGAAUGUGGAAAGGCCUUUAGAGUACAUCAGCAACUUGCCAGGCAUCAAAGAAUUCACACUGGUGAGAAACCCUAUGAAUGUAAGGCAUGUGGGAAGACCUUUAGGCAGUGUACACACCUUACUCGACAUCAGAGACUUCAUACUGCCGAGAAGCUCUAUAAAUGUAAGGAAUGUGGGAAAGCCUUUGUAUGCAGUCCAGACCUUAGAGUACACCAGAAAAUUCAUUUUGGUGAGAAGCCUUAUGAAUGUAAGGAAUGUGGAAAGACUUUUAGAAUAUGCCAACAACUUACUGUCCAUCAAAGUAUUCAUACUGGUGAGAAACCCUAUGAAUGUAAGGAAUGUGGAAAGACUUUUAGAUUAAGACAACAACUUGUUCGCCAUCAGAGAAUUCAUACUCGGGAGAAACCUUAUGAAUGUGUAGAAUGUUGGAAGACCUUUAGUAGUUACUCACAACUUAUUUCACAUCAGAGUAUUCAUAUUGGUGAGAGACCUUACGAAUGUGAAGAAUGUGGGAAAGCCUUUAGAUUGCUCUCACAACUUACUCAACAUCAGAGUAUUCAUACUGGUGAGAAACCCUAUGAAUGUAAGGAGUGUAGAAAACCAUUUAGACUGCUCUCACAACUUACUCAACAUCAAAGUAUUCAUACUGGUGAGAAACCUUAUGAUUGUAAGGAAUGUGGUAAGGCUUUUAGACUUUAUUCAUUUCUUACUCAACACCAGAGAAUUCAUACAGGUGAGAAACCCUACAAAUGUAAGGAAUGUAAGAAGGCCUUUAGACAACAUUCACACCUUACUCAACAUCAGAAAAUUCAUAAUGGAAUUUAGUAGAAGAAAGCCUUGAAAUGUAUAGACCAUCAGAAAAUUCAUUUUUGAGAAUUUUUUAUGCUCACAUCUAAGCAUAAGAAAUUUCAUAUUACAGAAAAAUGUUGCUUUAAAAACCUUCCUUCACCAUGCAGACAUCAUCUUUAGCAAAUAUAUGUCAGAGAAUAAUACAAUGAAUGUAAUAAAAAUCUUUAGCUUUAUCAUUAUCUCCAUUUCACCACUUUAUUACCAGUGUGUUACUGAACAAGGUACUUAAACUUCUGUGCCUCAUUGUGUUCACUCAUAAAUUGGUGAUAAUAGCACCUAUAUACAUUAUUUAUUGCUGUGUAAUACAUUACCACAACUUAAUUAAUAGCUUAAAAUAAUACAUAUAUAUUAUUUCACAAUUUCUAUGAGUUGGAAGUCUGGGUAUAAUUUAAUUGGGUCUUCUGCUUCAGGGUCUCUCACAAGGCUAAAAUCAAAGUUUUAGAUGGGGCUGAGUCUCAUCUGAAGGCUCAGCUGGAGAAGGGAUCCACUUCCAACCUCACAUGGUUGUUGGGUGAAUUUGGUUUCUUGGGUGAAUUUAGUUUCUUGUGAUAACAUUGAGGUCCUCACUUUCUGACUGUUGGCUAAAAGUUGAACUCAGUUCUUUGCCUCAUGGGCCUCUUCAGCAUGCUGCUUACUUCAUCAAAAUAUGCAAGCCAAGAAGGCAGUAGAGUUUGCUAGAAUCAUAAAAGUUAUAAUCUUGUGUAGUCUAGUCACUGAAUAUUAGGUUGGCCAAAAAGUUUGUUUUUUUCUAUAAGGUGGCUCUAGUAGCUCUUAGUUGUCUUUAACUUCAUUCAAAACAAUUUUGUUAGAUGGUGUUGUGACAGCUGUCAUGUCAGCAUGCAUUUAAAAAAACCUUAUCAAACUUGGUGAAUUUUUGUGUAACAAUUUCAAUAUUAAAUGAAAGAAAAUGUUCAACAUUUUUAGCAUAUUAUGCUUUUUUAUUUCAAGAAAGGUAAAACACCAAAAAUGAACUGUGCAGUGUAUGGAAAAGGUACUGUGACUAAUGGAAUGUGUCAAAGUGGUUUGUGAGGUUUUGUUCUGGAGAUAUCUCGCUGGACAAUGCUCCAUGAUUGGGUAGACCAGUUGAAGUUGAUCGUGAUCAAAUCAACAGAUUAAUAAUAAUCAACAUUAUACUAUGGAGGAGAUAGCUGAUAUACUAAAAAUAUCCAAAUCAAUAGUUACCGGUGAAAAUGAAAAAAUGUGUCCUUUACUUUAUGGAAAAAACUAUACAGACUUUUUGGCCAACUGAAUAUCUCAUCACUUUUGCUGUCUUCUACUGGCUACAAGCAAAUUUCAAGGUUGCCCACACUCAAAGAAAGAGGAGUAACCAAGAAUGUGAAUACCAGGAGGCAGGGACCACUGGGGCCAGUUCAGAGUCAGCCUGCAACAUCGUGUAAUAGAAUUGAAAGGAUUAAGUAGUUAAUAGUUAGAAAAAUUGCAGCCAUAUAGCAUAUUUUCUGUAAAUAUUAUCUGUAAUUGUAUCAUUAGUACUAGUGAAUUCAUAUGAAAGGAAUAUCCUAUAGAAGUAAUAAAUGGAAAAAUGCCUUUUCUCACUGUUCAGCACUGAUUUGUCCUGGAUAAAAACAUAUAAGAGGUUAUAUUAAAUGUGAGAAGUUCUUCAUCACUUAAGCUGCAUCAGAUAUUUUAUGCUGAAAAGAAAGCCUUAAGAAUUUCCUGAAUAUGAGGUUUUUAAGAGUACAACUAUUGAGACUCAAAGAGAAACAUGAAAUUAUUUUCCCAUAAUAAAUUUCCAAAAGUAGAUGUUUUAUAAUCUUUAUUGUCUGAGCACAAAUCAAGAUUGAUUAGAAACUAUCAAAAAGAUGGCAAAAAGGAAACUAAUCACUAGAAAUUUAACAUUGUAUGUGUAUACUUGUGUGUGUGAGAGAUAGAUAGUAUGUGUAAAACUCUUGUAUAAAAGGAAGAAAACAUCAUUUCAUUACAGUCACUAUGACUUUUGGUGUUCAUAUUGUCCCAUCUUCAACUAGUAGUAGAGUCUUUUGAAAUGACACCACUAGUAGUUAGUUUACUUGGUUAUGGCUCUAUAGUUCAGACAGCUAUGGAUGAUGGAUGACAGCUAUGGAAGAAAGUUAAUAUUCACUAGGAUAUUAAAACUAUUAAGCGAAGGUUUUUAUAGUGAGAACAUUAGAAUGGAUUUACUGAGCUGACCAUCUCUGAACCCUUUAAUCAACUUUAACCACUAUAAAAAUGGGGCUGUCAGACUAUUCACCUCUUGAAAUAAUGCAACAGAAAGUACACACCACUACUUAUAAAGCCUUAUUGUCAAAAUAAUGAACUGAAGGAAUUAAACCAUUAAGUCAAAGUGUUUCUUUAAACCAAGAAUUUAGGGACUAGAUAAACAAAGUAAAUGGCAACACAAGAAAGCAGCUAAACAAAUCCAGUAUGUGUAAACUUCUACAAAACAAUUUGCUUACUUCAACUAAUGAGUGGCAUGAAAAAGAAAAUAAGGGCAAUUGUUAACA